UCUAGUAAAUGUUGACUGCUUCUAAGGAAUAAGUUAUAUCAUUUGAGUUAGUGAAUAAGAUAAAGAUAUGUAAAUUGAUGCCGGACGCCGAAUAGCAAUAUGGAUACAUAGACAUAAAAUAUGUUCAUAUGUGUAAAAAAAACUAGUGUUUGCUUUUUAUUUUACUACUAAAUAAAGAUUUCAAAUUAUGUAUAAUCUUCUAAGUUUUGACACGUAACAUUCUCGAUUGUAUAACUUUUGUAACAAUGACAAUGUGAUUGACCAUGAAAGAGUUUAGGUGAUAGUAGUGUAAGUACAUUAUUGAAUAUUUUAUCAUGCAAUCAUGAACAUUGACGAUAAUAUUGCUUCUCAAAAUUCUAUUGUCUUUUUAGACAUUGAAAUUGAAGGUGAAAAAAUUGGAAGAGUUGUCAUUGAACUAUUUGAUGACAUAGUUCCUAAAACUGCCAAGAACUUUAAAGCAUUAUGUACAGGAGAAAAUGGAAUAGGACAAUCUGGAAAACCAUUGCAUUUUAAAGGAUCAACAUUUCAUAGAGCCAUUCCAGAGUUUAUGAUUCAAGGAGGUGAUAUAACUGCUGGUGAUGGAUCUGGAGGUGAAAGCAUUUAUAACUUAUAUUUUGAAGAUGAAAACUUUAAAAUUCUACAUAAUGAACCUGGAAUUAUGAGCAUGGCUAAUACUGGUAAACCAAAUACAAACAACUCGCAGUUCUUUAUAACACUUGCUCCCUGUCCUCAUUUAGAUGGAAGAAAUGUAGCUUUUGGGCGAGUAAUUAAAGGAUUCUGUGUAGUUCAAGCAAUUUCAACUACAGUUACAAAAAAUGAUAUUCCCAUUAAUCCAUGUGUAAUUGUAAAUUGUGGUGAAUUAUCAAAUGAUAGCAAUACUUGGGAUAUAAAUGAAAAUGAUAGGACUUGUGAUAUUUUCCCUCCAUUUCCAGAUGAUUGGACAUUUCAUCCUAAGGAACUCGAUGUAAAUCAAUUUUCCGAAGUAAUUACAAAAAUCAAAGAUUCUGGUAAUCAAUAUUUUAAUUAUAAAAAUUAUGCAGAUGCAAAGAGAAAAUAUGAAAAAGUAUUACGUUAUUUUAACUGGUAUGAAAAUUGUCAUAAACAUAUUGAAGAUGAUUAUAACCUAUUAAAAAAGAUUAAAAUUAGCACUUUAUUAAAUUUGUCAACAGUUCAUUGGAAAAAAUAUAAUUAUAAAAACUCCAUAAUGUACUCAAAGCAGGUUUUAAAUCUUGAAUCUGGUAAUGUCAAAGCUCUUUUUCGUAUUGGUCAAGCUUAUGGAGCACUUAAUCAUUAUUCAUCUGCAAUAAAAUAUUUUAAACGAGCUUUAGAACUAGUUCCACAUAACAAAAAAAUUUUAGCAGAAUUAAUGAAAAUUGAAAAAGCACAAAAGCAAUACUUGGUUAUUGAAAAAAAAAUAUAUGCAAAAAUGUUCUCUUCAUAAAAAUGUAUUCAUAACAGUUGAUAAGUUGUAUAUAAAAUUUAAAUUAUCUCAUUAUUAGUUCAAAUAGUAGUAUUAGUACUUACCAUUUUUUAAGUAAAAAAUUUAUUUAUUUUGUUGCAUAA